AUGUUACCGGAUUUCGUUAAGGAGCGACUGAUAAAAUGGCUAGAGGAUCACCGCGAGUUAGUUGUCUGCGCGUUCUGCUUGCCGGCCAGCUUCAUAUUCACAUUGGUUCUGCGCAUACGCAACGCUGUACGGCGUUUCAUUAAUAGCUCACAAAGACACGAUGGUGCGGUUAAAGAGAUACAGUCUAGGGUGCAGCAAUGGAGCAAGCAGCCCAGAGGUCUGCUAUGCACAUCUCGGCCCAAUUGGUUAUCGCUAUCUACAACGUUCUUUCAAAAGCACCACCACCAUCGUGUUCCCAUUCCAUUAUACGAUAUUUUGGAGUUAAACGAAGAGGCGAUGACUGUUCGAGUGGAACCGAUGUGUACUAUUGGAGAUAUUACAGAAUAUCUUAUACCUAAAGGAUAUUCGCUUGCUGUGACCAUUGAGUUAGUUGACGCUACUUUAGGAGGUCUCGCUUUCGGUACGGGAAUGUCGACUCACUCUCACAAAGCUGGCCUCUACCACGAAACAAUUACGAGCUAUGAAGUCGUUUUGGGUGAUGGAUCCUUGGUAACCGCCACCGCGAACAAUGAGUACUCAGACCUAUACAAAGCUUUGCCCUGGUCUCAUGGCAGUUUAGGAUUUCUAGUCGCGUUGACACUUAAAAUAGUCAAGGUAAAGCCUUACAUAAAAAUAAAAUACAUGCCAGUUAGUGGACAGAAGAAUUAUUGUGAUACGUUAAGGGAUUAUUCGGGUGCGAAUGAAGCAAAACCCAAGUACUACCCUGAUUAUAUCGAAGGUACUAUAUUCAGCAAGGACGAAGCCGUCAUUAUGACAGGUGAUUAUUCCGACUACGACCCAUUAAUUCCUGUCAAUCACUGUUCUAAAUGGUACAAGCCAUGGUUUUAUAAACAUGUCGAAUCAUUUUUAAAGAAAGGCGAAGCGGAGGAGUUGAUACCUCUAAGGGAUUACCUGCUUCGGCAUAAUAGACCUAUUUUCUGGGUAGUCGAAGACAUGGUAUCGUUUGGCAAUCACCCCCUAUUCAGAAUUCUAUUUGGCUGGUUGUUACCCCCGAAACCAGCGUUCUUGAAGUUCACUACCACCCCUGGAGUACGGGCCUACACGUUUACAAAACAGGUAUUCCAAGAUAUCGUGUUACCUAUACACGAACUGGAGAAGCAGAUCGACUUAAGCACGGAGUUAUUUGACAAAUUUCCAUUGCUCGUUUAUCCGUGUAAAGUAUUUGAUCACGGUCCAUCGUCUGGUCAGCUUCGUCGGCCGCCAUCUAUAUAUAUGGUACCGGGUACUAAUUACGCAAUGUACAACGAUUUAGGGGUGUACGGAGUACCAGGAAAGGUGAAGGAUAAGGAACCUUACAACCCAGUAGAAGCGAUGAGAAAAAUGGAGAAAUUCACACGAGACGUUGGAGGUUUCUCCUUUCUUUACGCUGACAUUUUUAUGACGAGGAAAGAGUUUGAGGUUAUGUUUGAUCUGUCAUUGUACGAGUACAUCAGAAAGAAGUAUAAAGCGGAAGGUGCGUUCCCAGACUUGUACGAUAAGGUUAAACCGGAAAUUGAUGUAUUCGCAAUUGGCGAAAAAAAUGCAAUAUCUAGUCAAUAG